AUGACAUUUUCAUCUUAUUCAUCCUGUUACAAGGAGAAAAAGAGGCUUAGCCAUCCAACACUGAUAAAAUGGAUCAAAGAGGAAAGAAAGAAUCAAUUACCUCCUCCGAAACCCAAAACAAAAAAUUCACUAGGCGAUGAGGACGAUGAUCUUUGUCGAAAAUGCUUUCCGAAUGGUAUCGUUCCAGACGACAAGGAGAAUGUCCAAGAAAUUAAAGAAGAAUUAAACGAUUCGAAAAGAGUUCGAUUUUCGAAAAAUUCUUCUGAAGAAUCAUCACAACAACAAAAUUUAAAUAAUUUAACAAAUUCUACUUUGAUUAAUAACAAGUUGGACCUUCACAAAAAAGUAAUAUUCAUGCACCAUCCCAAGAAUGAAAAAUCUGAUGAUAUGAAAGAUUUAUCGGAUGAGCAUCUUUUCGGAAAAGUGCACUCACUACUUUCAUCUAUUAAAUCCAAUAGAGUCGAGCAACAUUCCAAAAUUACAAACAUGAGAUCAUCGACUGAUUUUGAGGAACAACCUCGAAAUUGUUUGCGUGUCUCGCCUUCCUCUCUUUUUCUGGACGGACUCCCCAUCCAGACUCCUAACUUUUCCACAAAUUCCCUUCCCUCCAUCACCUCUACAGAACAUUCCACCAAUGUGACCCUUUCGGAGGCCUCUAGGCAAAUACAAAGCAUGUAUAAUCAGAUUACAUCAAUAUACGGUAGUGAACCACUAAGACAACGACAAAUAAUCUUCGAAAAACCAAUUCAAGCCAUUGAAAAUGUUGAAUGUGACACGUUAACAACGUUACAUUAUUUAAAGGAAAAACAAAAAUCCUUGAGGAUAACGAGAUUACAAGAAAUACGAUACAAUAUCGAACUUGAGCGGUCAGAAAUGAUAAAAAAUCAAAAAGUACAAGACCUGAAAAGGAGAAUUCAUGACCUUCGUAAGAAAAUAUCUUUAGAACGAGAAAAGGAUGCUCUAUUUAGAAAACAGAGGCUGAAAGAAAUUAAUAGACUCCGAACGACAGUUAAAAACUCCACAAGGGCUAAUGAGAAGGCCAAAAUGUUCAUUACAGCUCUGAACGUAAAUCAAGAUAAUUAUCGAUAUCAGGUAGCAAUUUAUGAAGGAGAAAUAGCGACGUGUUUGGCAAAAUUAUUUUUCUAUUAUUUGAAAAUGGACUAUUUGACCAGUCAAUACAGACAAGAAUUGAUCACUAAAAUGCAUGACGAAGUUUAUGAAGGUUUGGCACGAAACAGCUUGCUGGGACUUCGAACCUUUGCAAAGAAGAGCAUUGACUUGAGAAGGCGCUUUGAAAAAUUUACAUCUUAUGUGAGGACUGGAAAAAAAGCUGAAGUAAUACAUCAGUGGCGCCUAAAAACCAAGAAUUGUAUUGAAGAUAAGAAAAAGGAGGAGAUUGCUUUGACGCAUUACUACAAUGGCCUUCAAAAAAGGGCCUUCAAUAGCUUGGUUUAUGUCAUUACAAAACAACUCUUUAAGCAAUGUGGAAAUGAUCUCGCACACAUGUGGAAAGACAGAAUAACUCUUGGUAAGGCCUUUCAUGGAUGGAGACAUUUGGCAGAAAAAACCAAAUAUCUCAAACAUGGCCUACUGAAAUUUGCAGUUGCUGACUCGUUUGACGAUUUGGAUCGUUUCAAAACUGAGAAUGAACUCGAAUCGUAUCGGUCGUACAACAUCAGGCUCAAUUUUAGAACUAAAAUCACAAAGAAUCUGAUUCAGCUAUACAGAGAAAAGAAGCAACUAUUGACGGAAUUUGAAUACCGCCCCAAACUAAUCUAUGUGGAUAGAAACCCAGCUAAAUUAAUUGAUUUAUCAACCAUCUACAAAAUUGAAAAGUCUGAAGAUCAUACUCACUCUUUCUAUCGACAGUACCAUGCCUACAAAAAAGAACAAGAAGAUUGUGAACGAUCUCUAGAUGUUAAAGCCUUCGAGAAGACAUCUAUACCUGAUUUGACUCAAAAAGUGUGUGAAUUAAGGCUCAAAAAGAAAGCAUUGCAACAUUGGCGAGUUAUUUUCUUUGAAAAGGUACUUGACAGAAGAGCAGAAAAAUUCCACAAAGAUGUCUUGUUGAGAAAGGCUUUUUAUUCUCUUGCCUAUCAUAAGGAAGACGCUCACGAGAAAAUUUCUACCAUUCGAGAAAUGAGCAAUGCAAAUUUGCUUGUAAGCUUCUUUUCGAGGUGGAAAGAGGCGACCAAUCGCAUUAUCUGUGAAAAGGAUUGUAUUGCUGAAGAAUACCACAAUAUUACCAUCGUUAGAAAAGUUUUCAAUAGUAUGAAACAAUCAUGCUUACCUGAUUAUAACACUGAUUUAAUUGAAAGAUUAGUGGCAUGGAGAAUGAAAGAAAAAGAAAGAAUUCUUAAAAAGUGGAAGUUAAUGCUAUUGGUAAAGAAGAGCAAGGAAAAAUUUGAACAAGCUGUCAGUGAUCAGUACAAUCUGUCUCUACUUCACAAAUUAAUGGUUCAUUGGAAACAACGGACAAAGAAGCAACAACUGCUCCGUAAGGCGUUCACUGCAGCUGUUGAAAGAAUGAGAGCCAAGACUAGAGUAUUCGAAAACAAAAAGUUGUUAGCCAAAUACGUUUUUAAAUCAUUGAAAAGACACAAGGAUACACAAAAAGAAAGGAAAAAACAAUUGAACAUGUUCAUGUUAGCUAAGAAAACCUAUGACUCGAGUUUAAAACAAAAAGUAUUCAUUCUGUGGAGACUCAAAUAUAACAUUGAGCUCGAAAAGAGAGAAAUUGCCGAAAAUGAAGAGGAACAAAUCAAAGGAGCUCUUGCCUCAGAACAUUAUCGAAAGGUCAUGACAAGAAAAAUUUUAACGUCAUGGAAAGAAUACACAAUUGAAACAAAAUUUGUAGACAUUAUUCUUCAGAGAAAAGCAUUCAAUCAGUGGAGACGAUUUACUUUGGAAUCUAAAGAACGAUCCAUUGAGGAGCCAAGAAUGUUUUUGCGUAAAAUCAUGUUUAGAAGGUGGAAGUUAGCAACGAUUGAGCACAAAGAGACAAGAUCCUUGAAUGCGCUGGCUGAUCGAUUCCAUCAUCGAAAUUUGUGUAAGAAGGGCAUGCAAUCUCUGAAAGAGUUUAUCAUUCAUCGCAGAAUAGAACAUGUACAAUUGAUUCGCUCGAAACAGUAUUACAUUGACACACUGAGAAGAAAGGUCAUCAUUUCCUUAUUAAUGAAUAUUAAUGAAAAGAAGGAAAAACGAAGAAAGAAGGACAAGGCAGAUUUAUUCUAUCACAAAAAGCUCAUUCAAUCCAAUCUAAACGCUCCCUUGAGCUUGGAUCGAUUUCUCAAACUUCCUCCAGAUUCUCCACUGAAUGUCUCUUCUACUCUCAAUAUUGUGUAUUACAAGAUUUUAUUUAAGGCCAUUGAUUCUUGGAAGAUUUUUGUGAACAUUGAGAAAGAAAAGAGGUUACGAUUGGCACGGGCUGUUCAUGCUCAUUCCUCUAAUUUGAAAUUUAAAUUCUUUGAUUUGUGGAGGAGAAAGAGCAAACUUGCAAGUCACAAAUUAGGAUCCAAAGUGAGUAUACACUCGUGGAGAGAGUCCACACCUCUAUCAUCACUUUCAUCCCUGAAUUGGCAACCAUUGUCUGUGGAGAAUAUUGCAACAACAGCUGCAGCAUCACCAAUCGUGUGUAACACUGACAGGGAAAGCACGAAUAUCCCCAACACUUUGGCAAGUAAGGUGUUCAUUCAUCACCACCAUUAUUUAAUUGCUUCAGAUUCUGACUCGGAUGACGUUAUGGAAUAUUUAACAAUGGCAGAUCCUUAA